AUGCUCGCAGCACUUGUCGUGCAGACCAAGAAGGCGGGCGAGGAGACGGACAACGAGGAGCGGGCCGAGGGCAAGACGGAGUCGAUGCUCAAGCUCGCGGGGCACCUCUUCGUGCACUGCCACCGUUUCCUGGCCGUCGCGGCCCAGUGCGGGGUGCCCAUACCUGACAGAAGAAGUUCGGCAUUGGACCAGAGCUUGCUGUCCGAGGGCGACGAGUCGGAGGAUAGGGGUAAGCCGGCAAGCACGACGAUUGGGGUUGUGCAUAGACCGCAGAUGCGCCAGAGAGAGGCGACGGCGACGCCCCGCGCGGUGAGGAGUAUGGGCGACCUGCGCACGCCCAGGCAGGGCGUGGGUGGGUGCGAUGCACCGCCCGUACCAUCGCUAAGAGGCACGGCGCGACCGGGACAGACGAGGCGUGCUUCAGAACAUGGGCACCGCGGAGGUCAGUCCUCGAUCAGCAGUAUCUCAUCCACGUCUUCCUCUUCCUCCUCUCAGUUGAUCAGGACACCCCCGAUGCUGGAAUUCCCAAGUGGCCCGACGCCGGCAGUGCAAGUGCUCGAUGCGCUCCGGCACACGCGCUGCCGUCCCGCGAAGCUGCGCGGCGCACGCGAGGGGCUGUACAGCAUGACGACGGCCCUCGCGGACGCGGUGUGCAUGCUCACGAGUGCGAGCGCCAUGAGCGAGGAGGAGGAGAAGGCCGCGCUGCUCAGGUCGGCGAUGGGCGCGCUCAAGGCGGCCGCGGACUGCGCCGCGGCGGUGAAACUCUUCUUGAACCGCACGGCAGUGGGCGAGCGCGGGCUGGUGGUGCACCUGCCCAGGCCGGGGCAGACGAGCCCCGUCGUGGGCCCACGGGCGAAGGUGGUGUUCGAGGAGGCAAAGGGUGAGGCGAGCCCGGUGGGGAUGCUCGGGCAGCGGUUCGUGGAGAUGGAGGACGAGGAUAGGACCAUCCAGGCCUUCACUGAUGCAGAAUCAACAUGGUAA